CUCCUUCGUUUCGCUCGCGCCUCGCGUUUCCCCCGGCCUUCCCUGUCCCCACCCCUGUACGAGAGGUAGGCGUGUUGUUGCCCACUGCCUGAGAGCUGCAAGCUGCGGGUUUCACGAGCACCCGUUUGGACUUUGUCCAUCAGAGAGAGCAGCAAUGGCAUCAAAAUGGAACGCUACUGCAUCUUGGUAUUCCCACCCAGCAUAUGCAAGAUACUGGCAACAUUAUCAUCAUGCAAUGCUUUGGAUGCGAAGCCACCAGAAUGCUUACAGAAAGUCCGUAGAGUCCUAUUAUAAUUCUCCAUGGUUCUCCCCUCAUGGAGUUCUUUUCUCAAAUUCUCUGGCUUAUAAGGGUGGGUAUCCUUGGCAUUUUCAAGGCCAGCCCACAGCCGGGCAGGAGUUUCCCUAUAGUGCUUCCUAUCUCAAAAGCUCUGGGCAGCCUCUCUAUGUCUGCAGUAAGGCCCAGACAUCCACCAGAGAAGAGGAAACACCAGGUGAAGAGCAAGAGCUGGAGUCAGAGUCCGAUUCAGAUGACGAAGUAGAAUACGACCUGAGCAAUAUGGAAAUCACUGAGGAGCUCCGCCAAUACUUUGCAGAGACCGAGCGGCACAGAGAAGAGCGGCGGCGACAGCAGCAGCUGGAGGAGGAGCGCCUGGAUGACUAUGUGAAUGCCGACCAUGGCCUGUACUACAACCAGCACCGGUCAGUGGAGCCCCCAUCUGAGAAGCCUGGGGAGCGGCGCCACGCUGAGAUGAAGCGCUUAUAUGGGGAUAGUGCUCCCAAAAUCCUGGCCAUGGAGGCUGCUGUGCAGCUGAGCUUUGACAAGUACUGUGACAGCAAGCAGCCAAAGUACUGGCCUGUCAUUCCCCUGAAGUUCUGAGCCCUGGACACAGGGACCCCAGGGAAUACCUACUGAGCAUAGUUCCUAGCCUCUCCUUCAUCUCUUCUGAACUUUUUUUUUUUUCAGAGAAAGGACUGUAUGCCACCAUGAUGGAUUCAAUCUGUCAGCCACUUAGAAUUCUUUCAGCAGGAGGCAUACUAUUGCCAACACAAGGAAUGUUCACUGGCAUAAAAUGAUAAUCAUGUAUUGCACUGGCUCUUGGUUUUCUCUGAAACACUCCAAUGUAUUUAAAUUACUGCCUAGAAGCUGGACGUAGUGGC